GCGCUGGCUGGCGCUCCGGCGCCCGAGGGCCCCUUCCCGGCCCGCCUGCUGGACGUCAGCGGCGCCGGAACCCUGGCCCACAGCUACCAGUAUGAGGUGUGUCUGAUGGGAGGUUCUUCUGAGACCAGUGAUUUCAAAUUCAUAAAGCCAGUUAUCCCCAACCUUCAGCCCCAUUCCCCUGGCAAAAACAUAGAGGAAACUUCUACCUUCCCAAAUAGUUUUGGAUUUAAUAAUUGACAGAAACCCACUUAAAAUAUUUACUUAAUUAUAUUUCUUGUUAAGUAAAUUGUUUGUGCUAUUUACAACUAAGCACUAUUUAAUUUUCUGUCACUAAUUCCAAUGUAUGCGUUAGUAUACGUUUUCUUUUCCUCACAUCUAUUCCCAGUGCAUUGUAUCUGAUAGAAUUGUAAUAAAUAAAAUACGACUUUAUCUUC